UGAGGGGCGUGGCCCCGCUGAGGGCCGGAAGAUGGCGCCGCCCAGCCGCGGCCGGGCCUGUCAGCGCUGGUGCUUCCCGGCCGGGGCUCCCCCGGCUUGAGGGACCUUCGGGGCGGGUGUCCCGGCAGCGAUGGACCAGCGCCUGGCUGAGCUGGUAGAGGAGCUCACCACCUCGGGGGAGCCGCGGCUGGAGCCCGGCAGGAUGAAGGAGCUGAAGAAGAUCUGCAAGUACGGCCGGAGGGAGGGACAGAGCCGGGCCCCGCUGUUGUCCCCAGGUCGUCGGAGGAGCAGGUGAGCCAGGCGCACCACCUGCUGCUGACGCGGCUGCGGGAGGAGCACGCCGAGAUGCGCUUCUCCGCCUUCCAGGUGGUGCAGGAGCUCUUCGCCAGGUCCCACCACUUCAGGACGCUGCUUAUCGCCAACUUCCAGGAGUUCCUGGAGCUCACGGUGGGCAUAGACCACGAGCAGCCGCUCCCCCCGCCCAAGGAGGUGGCGCAGAAGCUGAGGAGAGCGGCCAUCAAGGCAGUGCAAGAGUGGCAUGAGAAAUACGGGGAGGCCUACAAGCAGCUUUCCUUGGGAUACCACUUCCUAAAGCAGAACAAGAAGGUGGAUUUUCAAGAUGUGCAUGCCAGAACGGUGGCUGAAAGGAGGAGAGAAGAGGAGAAGCAAAAACGACUGGAGAACAUUUACAAAGAAAAAGUCAAAAGAGCUGAAAAAGAAAUGGAAGAAAUGUCCCAAGAGAUUGCUGAUACACUGACAGAGAUGGAAAACUGUUUCCAGCUUCUGAUGCCAGAUCCUUUCAAUUUUGGAGUGAACGAGAUUGACCCGGAGCUCAGCAAACAAACAUCUGCUAAUGAGGCCAGACCUGCAUCCCCCUUGUCCUCCCAGGGGGAACUUUACCCAUCCUCUUUGGGGUGCAUGGAUGAUGAACAGCCAUGCUGCAGCAAGGACAUCCUUCCUGUGUCUCAGUGUGUUGCAGCUGAUGGAAACAAAGAGGUAGAUGAGAAGCCUGAGCAGGAAGAGCUGGAUGGAGGCACAGGCUCGGACAUUCCAUUCAGUGGCCCUGCUCUCGAUGAUGAUGAUUACCAGACUUUUGUUAGGAACCAUGGGCUUGUUUCACAUAAAUAUACUCUUGACCUUGAAAUAUCCACAGAUAUAAAAGUGCAAGAGAAUGAAGAUAAUACUGCCAUCAUAAACAGUGUCAUGGAUGCUCACAAACUUCUCAGAAAUAAGUUCUGGCCUUCUGUGCAGUCCUGGAUUCAGCUACUUACCAGAGCAGGCAUCAAUGAUGAUCGGCUAAGAUGUGCCAUUGAACUCAAGAAUAAAUUGGAGACUGCUAUGAAGAAAUACAAGGAAAUAGACAUUUCCUUUAAAGCAAGAAAAAGAAAAGUGAUGAAAGCCUCGGAUGAGGAUGAUGACGAUGAGGAUGAAGAUGAAUUUGUGGAGGUCCCUGAGAAGGAAGGUUAUGAGCCCCACAUUCCAGACCACCUGCGUAAGGAAUACGGUCUUGAACCCCAAUCACCUUCAAAAGCCCCGGUGGCAAAGGCAUCGAUGGGAGCAGCUCCCCUGAGGUCCCGCCCUCCACUCAAAGGGAGCGAGGAUGAGCUCGAUCCAACCUGUGCAGCUGCCACCCUGAAACUUCUCAGAGACAAACUACCAAAGUUACCAUCUCCUCAUACCAGUGAAUCUGCAACUUCUGAGACAGCAAACUUGGAAGAUCCUGACAGUAAAAGAAGAAAACUAGAAGAAAGAGCAAAAGCUCCCCUCAUGCCUUUUGGAUUAGAUCUUCAUUACUGGGGAGAGGAUCAGCCAAGUGCUGGGAAGAUUCUCAAAUUUACCUCUGAGCACCGAUUUUGGGCACCCAGUGAAGUAGAGGAAGAGGUGGAAAAUAAAGAAAUAACAGAAAUGUUAAAAACCAGGUAUAUCACAUUUGCUGGCAAGUUUGAGCCAGUGAAACAUAAAUGUCGAGCACCCAUGCCUGAUGGAAGACUGUGUGAAAGACAAGAUCGGAUUAAGUGCCCUUUCCAUGGAAAGAUAAUUCCUCGGGAUGACUCUGGGAUUCCUGUAAAUGCAGAGGACAGAGCCAGAGAAGAAAAGAUGAAGUUUGAGAAACAAGCAGCCCAGCCAGAGUGGCGAGAUCCAGAAUUCAUGAGAGAAGUUGAAGCUGCUACAGGAUUGGAUCUUGGUUCCUCUAAAAGUAAUGGAAAAGGACAGAAAAAGAAAGGGAAGAAGCAAAAAUAUCCAAAUCUGACAGACCUGAAGCAACAGGCUAACACGUCUCGUUCCCGGCUUGAGAAGAAAGUCUUCAAUAAAGGGGCCAUGAAACGAGUCAUGAAAGCCAUGAACCGGGUGGACCAAAGGAAGCAUGAGAAGUUUGCCAACCAGUUUAACUAUGCACUGAAUUAAAUUCUUAAUCACCCCUGCACUUCUUCAUUACAAGAGUGCAACUGCAAAACCCUUAAUCAAAGAUAUUUGUAUUUACACUACAGUACUUUGCCAAGCACAUUUUUACAGGUGUAAUUUUUAAAUUGUUUCCAAGUGUAACUUACUUGAUAAUGAAUAUUAAUUUUGGAAAAGAUACCAUGGUAUGGAAUUGAAUGCAUUGUAGAAGUUGAUAAUUAUUUGAAGUAUGCAUGAAAUAGAGAUGCUUUAUGACUUGUACAUAAUUUGGGUAAACUAUUCAGGUUUUGGGGCUUGGUUCUUUUCCUUCCUAAGAGACUCAUGUAAUUUGUACUUCCUUUGGAUAGUACGUGUGUUUAAUGCUCCACUUUCAUGCCUUCAGGGAGAAAAAUACUUUUAAAACAAUUUGAUUGCUGCCAGGGAUGGCAAUUCACAGAGCAUUUUCUCAGCUUACUGUUCAAAGUAAGCCACACCAAGCAGCACAGCAGCUGCUGCAGCACCUCUACAAAUACUUUGGUGCACAGUAAAAAAAUCCAAAUCAGCUGAUACCUUCAGAUGAUAAACAGAGUAGAGUUUGAUUUCUGCAAACUGAAUUCCAGGAGCUAAGUCAGUCCUGGCAGCUGUGGCACCAAGAUGAUAGAUGGAGAAGCUGAAAUGGCAAAGAUCAUCCUGGUCUGCUUCUUCCCAAGAUGCUAUCCCAGUAUCUUUCAGAGCUGCUCCUGGACAGCACAUUGUGGAAGUCUCUAGAUGAACACAGAAUGUGCUUCUGUUUAACUGCAGUCAAAAAAGCUCCAUUAUGAGGUGAAAAUAAGAAGUUUAAGAAGAUCACUCAAGUGGACUGCCUGGCUUGGAACUGAUAAAAUUGCAUCAGGCUAAAGCCCCAGAGUGUGUCUAAAGGACCCAGAUAUAAACACAAGCAUCUGGAAUCUUCUAACUCCAGAGAGUUAAUGUGCAGCUGGAUCCACUGUGGGUUGUAGUUCUUGGCUGGGUACUUAAACAAAUCUCCCAAACUCGUUUGCUGGCUACAGUAAAGCUUAAGGAGAGAGAAUGAAACAGUGACCAGUUGUGCUUUUGCAACAUUUCAUACAGCUUUAUGGGUAAAGAAAAAACAAGAGAAUCAGGAGGGUUGUGUUUGAAAAUCAAUUUCAAAGUGACCUGCAAAAGUCUCCAAUAAAGUGCUCAUUACAGAGUAGAAUGGAUUCUCUAUAGCACAGGCUUAGUUACUCACCUGUUGGAGGUGUAAGGAGACUCUAAGAACUAAAAACUGGGAAAAUUUUAACAAUUCUGUGUAGCUUCUGACCACCUCAGACAAAAGCCAAUUUACAGUUCUGCCAAAUACUUUCUGACUUGUGCAAAUACUGCAUAGAAAGCGAUUACUGCUGACUUUUGAUAUUUAUCUUGCAAGAGCUCUGUAAUUUGGAAGACAUAUUUUGUUCUUCAAUACAAGUUGAUAUACUUCUGAAAUACUGAAAAUAAAGAGGCAGAAUUUCACAUAAUAUCUACUGACUGCACUGGAAGGUAAAGCCACUUCUACUGGCUAUUAGUCUUGCUAAUGUGGCGGUGAAGAUUCCAGGUGAAAAUGUGGAUAAGGACAAACCAAGUUCAUCACCAAGUCAGUUGAAUCAACUGCUAAGCUGAUUUGAUACUAAGGACAAAAUCACAUACGCAGAGAAGAGAAAACACACAAACCCAACAACUCCCCUCACACAUCUGAAUGUGAUAGUAAUCAUUGGAUGCUGGGAUUCCCAGACAGUCCAAACUUAACUGACACUUGGUGAUUAACUUUCAAAGAACCACAAAGGUCAUUGUGCCACUAUUCCAGAGAUUCUUGAGCCUGCACAGGCUGAAGGUGUUCAUUUAUAAAACAUGUUUUCUCCCUGUAAGAAGAAUAGGAAGUUUAUAUUGUGCAGUGACUCUUAGCCCUCCUUUGCUGCGGCCAUGAAACAUCAGCACUACAAAGUCCCCAGCAAACAGUAUAUGCACUUGACCCAUGGAGUUCCCAUUGUGGGCCUUUAAUAAAUAUCACAAAGACCAAAACUGGUAAUGGAAAUGGCAAAAAUCUGAGGGGAAAAAAAAAAGAAAAGUGUGGUUAGCCAGUUAUGUCCCACUGUGAGCACUGGUCUGAUGGAAGGUGUCCCUGCCUCUGCUAGAGGGGCUGGAAAUAGGUGGUCUUUAAUGUCCCUCCUAACCCAAACCAUGCUGUGAUUCUUAGGAUGCUACUCAGUCACAUCAGUUCUAGAAUUAUCAGCUAAAACUUCCUGUCUGGACCCAACUGUGCAAUCUGGCAGCUACACCUGAUCCUAUCACAUGAUCUGUGUGCUUUUCCCCUUCCUUUAUUAAAAGCAUGGAUGCUUGGAGGAAAAAAAAUAUUCAAAACCAACAAAGUCUUCCUGGAGUGCCUCUUCCAUGCAGAAGGAGAAUUUUCAGAGUUAAGGUUCCCUGGUAGGUGACUCAGAAAUGGCCAGCUCAGACAGAGGUACCUGGAUUUUGGAACAGGUUGACAGCCAGUGAUGACUUUUUUUAAAGCUCUUCUGGUGUUUUUCCUCUACAUCUUUUUCAUUUUUUCACCUUAAGCCAAGAUGAACCAUUGACCCUUCAUAGGAAAACGUGUAGAUUGCACAUCCCAUGUUGCACUUCUAUGUUCCCCUGGUCCAGUGUGGGACAAACCUUACCUUAACCCAUGUUAAUUAUUGACACUUUUUAUCCAAUUAUUUCUCUACAAGAGCCACUCAGCAUGUAUACAUGAAACAGGUCUUGGAUUCUGUCACCUAAGCAUUCUAAUUAGACCUGGUCAGACAUAAUUCCAAGGGUUUGGGGGAGCUUUCUCCUUUUCCCAAGUUCAUCUAUAGCUGUGCUAGAAGAAGAAAUCUAAGAAGGCAUCUCUCUCCAAAGAUCAAUAUACCUUCACUAAAUAGAAAACUUUUUAUGUUCAAAAAUAUGAAAUAGAUCAGUCUGCUUUUUUGAUACAUCACACUCCUUGUGUGUCAGUUUUCAAAUUUGAGAUCCUGGGCUCACCGGUUCAAAUGUUGCUCAACUGUCCCUCUGACAUUUCUACUGGAACUUUCCUAUUCCUGUCCUCAGGGCUUCUGGGGAAAAAAGAAUAAAUACAGGUAUCGUUCACAUUA